AUGGUUGAAAGUGAGCCUAAUAUUUUAAUGCAGAAUUGGGAGGAUGACUAUUUAAUUGAAAUGGCAAUUGAUUCACCUAGAGUUUGGAACACAUUAUACGAUGAAAUUGAAAUACAAGAAUUAAAAUCUAAUAGAUAUGAUAAAGUACUUAAAAUAAUCGAGGAACAUUAUAUCUAUGAUGAACCAUUAAUUCAAAGUAGCAAAAUGUAUACGGACAAUGGAUCUGUUGAAGAAUACUUGAACUUAGUUCGAACUUGGAUGAAAGACACACUUUCGACCGUUGCUGUGGAACAGAAAACUGGAAAUUUAAUCGGAUUUCUUAUAUGCCGAUUCAAUGAAUUAAAUAACAGAGAUCCUGAAUUCAGCAAAGAUAGGAUUUAUGAAGGUACGAUAUUAAGAGAAGUGCAAAAGUUUAAACAUUAUUUAACUAAAAGAGGUAAUGCAUAUAAACAUAAUAAUGUGGAAAAAAUGUUAGAAGUGUAUUCGUGGUUUGUGCUUCCCGAAUAUAGAAAUAAAGGAAUUGGUACGGAAUUACUGAGAAACGUUGUGGUAAGACAACUUCCCGAGUACGGAUGGUUCGACAUCGACGUGAUCGCCGGCGUGUUCACCGACAAGGUGAGCCAAAGCAUUGCCGCGUCGUUGGGAAUGGAGACAUUGUACGAUUUCGUAUAUUCGGCAUGGACCGUCGCCAACAAAAUAACUGGCGAACAAGAAGAGUUCUUUAAAGAAAUCGUGCGGGAUAAUCACUCGGCCAAGGUGAUGUCUAUGAAAGUUAAAACGUCGCCGUCGAAUCACAGCUACGCCUAA